CGUUGGACUCCGCAUCUUAUUAGCAACAAGGGAGAUUUCUCCAUUUUGCAGCCUGUCUACCGCGACACGGCCACCAAUCUGGGAUUGUACUACUUCGACUUACCUGGCCGCUUUUUCCUGCUAUUUUGAAAAAUCCUCCUCACUCUAACUGGACUUUGCUUUACAUUUUCCCUGUGAACUUUUUCUCUGUGCAGAGAGAGGGAGACAAGAGCGAAGAGCUUUGCUUUCAACAAAGAGGCUUGUGGGUCUUUGUUCGUUUUUUGGAUCAGUUGAGUUUCUUUGUUGGAGCGAAAAGCAUGGGAGCGCAAUUGUCCAAGACAGCCGGAAAGGCUGAGACCGUGGCUGAAAAGCCCGGAGAGGCAGCAGCUUCACCUACCAAGACCAAUGGACAGGAAAACGGCCAUGUUAAAGCAAACGGGGAUGCCUCUCCUGCAGCAGCCGAGAAUGGCAAAGAGGAGGUGCAAGCCAAUGGCAGCGCCGCGGCCGAAGAGAGCCCAAAGGAGGAGGCAGAGAAGGCGGAGGCCCCCACCGCUGAGAAGGAGGCUGCAGAUGGGGAGAAGGUAGAGGCGGCGUCUCCUGCUCCUGCUGAGGGAGAGGCAGCAGCAAAGGCAGAGGAUGGCACCACACCUUCCACCAGCAACGAAACGCCUAAGAAGAAGAAGAAGCGGUUCUCCUUCAAGAAGUCGUUCAAGCUGAGCGGCUUCUCUUUCAAGAAAACCAAAAAGGAGACGGGAGAGGGAGCAGAGAACGAGGAGGCGGCUGCAGCAGAAUCCACAGAGGAGGCGAAGGCUGAAAGCACAGAGGAAGCAGCGACUACUAGCGAGGAGGCCAAGCCUGCUGAGGGGGAGGCUGCACCUGCUGCAGAGCAGCCCAAGGAGGAGGUCGAGGCCAAGCCAGAGGCAGAAGCAGCGGCACCAGCAGAGAAACCUGCUGAGGAGCCCAAAGAGGCCAAGGAGGCCGUGCCCGCCGAGGAGCCAAAGGCAGAGGAGCCAAAGGCAGAGGAGAAGCCAGCAGAGGAGGCGCCCAAAACAGAGGAGGCUGCUCCCGCCUCACAGGAAGCAGCGUCAGCAGAAGCUCCGGCUGCAGCUGCAGAGGCAGCCGAAUAAGUCUGGAAAGAGGAAGAAAUUUUGGCAAAAAAAAAAUUAAAAUAGAAGGAAAAAAGAUAAUCAAGAAACAUUUCCCUGUUUGUAUGUUGGAGUGACGCCAGGUCUUGGCUUUGAAGAACUUGUCUACAACCAGGGAUAUUAUUUUAAAGCUUUUCUUUAUUUUUGGUUUCCAUUGCCCCUUAUACAAAACCCAUCUCGGCCCAUUGUUACUUCCAUUCUGACGGGCUAGAGAGGUGGGUGGCUUCAAUAUGUACAACAGAUUAAAUACAUCCACUCUGCCAUAUAUUUUUUCAUCAGUAUUAAGUUUUGUUUUUUCUUUUGAAUUUUUAUACAACAUGUAAACAAAAUGGUAUGGACAUGCAGAUGGUAUGAAGCAGAAGGGGGUAGAGCUGUAAAUGAGGGGGGCGGGUUCAGAGAUGGGCGGGGCGGGCCUGGGAGAUGUGCCACAGACUAUUAUGGAAAAAAGUAGUCUAAAAAACUAGGAGACCAACAUCUACAUUCACCAUGCGGUUUACAACACUAAGUCCUUUUUUACAAUAAGACCACAAUAAAAAUCCCAGAGUUAGCUUUUUAGAAAGUCAUAUAAACUCAUAGGAGCUUUUCACUCCUCUGUAGCUGUACCAGUCAGUGAUUCAGUAGAAAUACAAGUUGUAUAGGCUUUAUUGUUUAUCGUUGGUUUUCUGACCUUAAUAAAAAUGUAAGUAUGUAUAUGCGGGGUGUUUUUAACUGUGAUUAUUGUACAAAAUGAAAUCUUGAUCUCAAGAAGCACAUGAAGUUUGCAGCUCCUUUUUUCCACCCGCUCAUUUUUGUAAGAAAGACACACACACACACACACACACACACACACACACACACACACACACACACACACACACACACACACACACACACACACAGUAAUACUGAAAGAAAGACCUUCUUAAGCAAUUUCGAACUCCAAAACCAAGCUGUGAUAAGUGGAAUGGUUAACUGUUUAUAUACUGUGGUAUGCUUUUUGAUUACAGCAGGCAAUGCCUUUUCAGUGGUCUCUGACACAAUUUAAGGAAUCUAUCAGAUGCAAAUGUUUGUGUAGCAUCUCGUCUCUCUCUCUCGUUUCCUUUUGUAAAUACUGGAGAAGCUUUGACCAGUUUGACUUAGAGAAGGAAUGUAACUUUGCUUACAAAAAUUGCUAUUAAACUCCUCUGCUUAAGGUGUUCUAAUUUUCUGUGAGCACACUAAAAGCAAAACAAUAAAUGUGAAUAAAAUUUGA